CGCGGCGCGGCUCGGCUCGGCUCGGCUCGGCUCGGCACGGCUCGGCGCAGCCCGGCACCGCCCGCCGAGCCCCCCGCCCGCCUCCCGCCCACCCCCGCGCCGCCAUGGACGGGGGCGCCUUCGGAGCGGGGAAAGCCGGCGGCGCCUUCGACCCGCAAGCCUUCAUUCGGCAGCCGCACACCCUCCUGCGGCUCGUCUCAUGGGUGUUCUCCAUUGUGGUGUUUGGCUCCAUUGUCAAUGAAGGGUACGUGAACCGCCUGGACGAGGCGCAAGAGCACUGCAUUUUCAACCGCAAUCGCAAUGCCUGCAACUACGGCAUUACCGUGGGUGUCCUCGCCUUCCUCAGCUGCCUUCUCUACCUGGCUCUGGAUGCCUACUUCCCACAGAUCAGCAGCGUCAAGGACCGCAAGAAGGCAGUGCUCUCGGACAUCGGAGUCUCGGCCUUUUGGGCAUUCCUCUGGUUCGUUGGCUUCUGCUUUCUGACCAACCAGUGGCAAGCUUCAAAAGAAGAGGACAACCCAAUGAAUGAGGGAGGGGAUGCAGCCCGAGCAGCCAUCACGUUCUCAUUCUUCUCCAUCUUCACCUGGGUGGGCCAGGCAUUUCUGGCGUAUCAGCGUUUCCAGUUGGGUGCCGAUUCAGCCCUCUUCUCCCAGGACUACAUGGACCCAAGCCAGGACUCCGGCAUGCCUUAUGCUCCCUACACGAAUGAGGAGGAUGCUACAGAUGCGGUGGGGACAUACCAGCAGCCCCCCCCAGCAGAUGCUUUUGACACCGAGACACAGGGGUACCAAACGCAGAACUACUGAGCCACCGAAGCCCCUUUCCCUCCCCCUUUCCCUUCUGCCCCCUUUCCCGCUGCUGGCAGAAAGCCGAGGCACAAACCAGACACGUGCAUAGUGGCACAAGAGGUGGCUCUCAGCUAUGCUCCAGCCUUCUGGGUCAUCUGUUUUUAUUUAUCGUUUUUAAAAAAGGAAAAAAGAAAAAAAAAAAAAAAAGAAAAAAAGGUUUCCCCAUCACCUCUUCCUUCUCCUCCCCCCAAAAACUACCUGCCAGAACCAAACUCUUCCAGUGACAAGAAGGUCCCCCCUUCCCUCCUCUCCCUCCUGCCUUGCUGCAGAGGGCAGAGUCUGGCUGGUGGACAGGAGAGGGGCUAUGGCAGCAGCAGGGCAGGGGAGAGGGUGCUGGAGGCAGAGGGAAGGAGUGAGAAGGACUGGGGACCUUCCUAGAAGAGAUGGUGUCAAUAAAGUAGACAUGGGAGCAUCUGUUAUUAGGCUGGAGGGCCUGGUAGCUCAGGGAGGGGAAAGGUGUUGGAGUCUGCCUGCAGGAGUGCAGGGGGGGAAGGGAAGCUGGAGGGGAGCAGGAAGGGCAUCCCCCAUACAAAGACGGGGGGGCUUUUCUCUGCCACACACUGGGGAGGGAGAGGUGCUUUAUUUUUAGAGGGUUUGGGGAGAAGUGGUAUUGGGGGGCGGGGAAGCACAAAGAGAUAAAAUGGAAAGGGAAGGAGGAAGAUUUGCAGGUACAAAGACCACAGGCACAUCUGCAGGUUAGAGCAAGAUGCUUGGCAGUGCAGAGGGGCAGUGCCAUGAGAGUCACUCCUUCCCCAGCCCUCUUGGAUUGAGGUGGAGGUGGUUUCCCUCACCUGUACAUCCUGCUCGCUGCUCUUCUCAGACCAGUGUUUGGUGAGGCAGGAGAGGAGCCAUGCCCAGUCCCUGGCCCCCAGACCCAGUGUCUGUGGGAGGAAGGAUGGAGGAGGUGGGCUUCAAGGGGGCUCUGAGAGCCCUCAUCCCCAGCUGGGCUGGUUUGAGGGAGAGAGGAGAGCUUUACCAUGUCACCCUUGGCAGAAGGAGGAGAAAAAAAGCCAGUUUUGCUCCCAGGUCUUGCUGAACCCUCCCUCCAUUCAUCUGCUACCACAGUGCAAAGUGUCUUGCUGAUACCAUCUUUGUACCACACAGGAAUGGAGCAGGAUUUUCUCUGGAAAAAAAUACUGCUACUGGCAUGGCCAGCAUGCAUCUGGCUCUUGUAGAGGGGUGCAACCAAGCAGGGAAGGGUCUCGCCUUGUGCAGCGGCGCUUUGCCUGCCACGCAGAAGGGGAGGAGGUCUUGGUGUGGAGAGAAUUAGUUAGGGCCAGACUCAGCUCUCUGAAAACAGAUCUUACUGUACUUUACAUAAACUAUACCUUACUGCGUCCUCUGCAGCAUCUCAGAUCCUGUCUGUAUUUAAAGCCUCACCUAGGUGGCAGCAGUGACUCUCAGAUAGAGCUCGCAUGGACAUCAUUCCUCACUCCUCAUGAUUUUGUUUCAAGUAAAGACACGGCUGUGGAAGCACACUCUUUAUUCCCGGAUAUAAGUAAGGUCUGUGUAAGAAGACAGUUCCUAAAGGGAAAUAAUUCAGAAAAACCCACCUGGACAGACAUCCCCAGCCCAGACAUCUCUCAGAGCACAAGAAGCAGGGUUUGCCUGCCAGCAAUGAGGAGCUCCAUCCCCUAGACUCCACGCAAUACUGGCCCCAGGAGCAGAGAUCAGGAGCAGAUUCAAAAUCCAUAGGUGCUCCCCUUCAGUGUCCAGACUAUUCCCUGUAGCACCCCUAGGAGUCAGGAGGAUGUGACACAGGUCUGGCCUGUGGUUGCGUAAAAAUCUCAUCGGGAGGACACAGAAGUUAUCAGUCUUCCCCUCAGCACAAUUCCUCUCCAGAUGCCCCACGAUAGGAAAGGGGUAGAAACCAUAGAGCUGAAGGCUCCAAGAGGGAAGGGGGGCAGUUGUUCUCUGCUGUAUAUGGGCACUGUUUCUACCUGCUCCCACCAGCAGACUUGUGCUGCAGGUGGCUUGUCCUCUCCAUGGCUUGACCUCCACAUGGCUUGCUCCCCCUUGCUGGUGAUUAAACACUGGUGAGGAUGGGAGAGGGGGACCAGCUAGCCCUGUGGAUGCACCAGGAGGGAGAGGGCACACAUCCCUUGCUCUGUGACUGCAAGCGAAAGCAAUACUGUAAAUAGGAGGGGUAUUUUUUGGAGGGAAGCCCCUCAGGCUUCUUCUUCUGUGGGGUCAGCCUAAUAUUUAGGCUUGGGAGGGGAUUACUUUAUUGAGAGAGGUUUGUUAUGACUGUGGCUGUGGGGGGAGCUCCCUCCAAUCUGUUUCUCCUGCUGGGGGAGAGAAAAGAAUGAAUGAUGAGGUGGAGGAGGAGAAAAACUAGUUGUACUUACCCGGACUCAUCUGUGUCAUCAUUCAUGCUUUGUGUUUUGGGGGUGGGGGGGUGGAGACCAAGAGGAGUAGGAGGUUUUAAAUAACCUGCCCUCAGCACAAAAAUGUGCUGUACUUUUUGGGAGGAGCUACCCAUCACCUGUCCCUCUCCUUGGUGAGCGAGUGAGGGACCAGGUGCAUGAGGACAGGUAUGGACCCUAUGUGGGGGGGGGUCUACCUGGGGCUCUGUUUUCAGGUGUAGCACAGGAGCAUCUUACAUGCCCACUCUCCCAACAGAGUUACAUAGGUGGCUAAACACCAUUUUGGGCUGACUAAUGAGCAAGCUUUUCUUUAACCUCUUUGGCUUGCUUCCCUUAUGUAAUCAGCUGGUGGGCUCUGGUGGGCUUGAGGUAGGAAUGAGCCUCCCCCUCAGAGCUGGCACUUCAGUGAGACAUGAGCCAGGUGACUUCAUCCUGGGUUAUUGCCCAUGUCUCUGUCCCUUUCCUCCUUGCUUUGUGUCAUAGGAAAGGCAUUGGUGUGGCAGGGGAUACUACAACAGUAGAUACUCGAGCAACUUCUUGCUUUUUCUUGUGGGAGAAGGCAUACUGUCCUUGGAUUGACAUGCUUUCAGCCUUGGUAGUAGAGAGUUGGUGGUGACACACCUGGGGGUGGGGCUCUCCUUGUUUGCAUGUAGCUCUUUAAAAUGCAAUUUCCAGUGGCAUUUGGCUGUUUCUGCAGCUGAUGAGAGAUAAGGACCUACCCAAAGGGUUGGUUAUCUUAUCUUAGGCGCUUCUGAUAAGGUGCUGCCUGUUUUUGGAGAUCAUAGACAAGACCUGAGCAGCUGGCUGGGCCAUGUCCCUUUUAGAUCCUAAAUGUAGUUGAGAUCAGCCCCACUCUACCGAUUAGGAGAUCAGAGGGAAGGCUGUAUAAGCAAAACGAUAAGGCGGCUUUCUUCCCCCUCUGCCAUUUGUCUGGAUUACAGAGGAUUAUGCAUCCUCUGUCAGGAGGAAGAGCCUCUUGAUGUCGUUUUAUCUUAGGAAGGCCCCAAUUAAGGGCCUGCUUUGUGGACAUAGGGGCUGCAAAGGGUAAAGGGAUGAUGAAACUUUGCCCCAGUUCUACUUGUUGCUUCAGUCUCCUGAUAUAUCCCCAUCCCCAGCUCACCCACAUCCCCACCACAUUGUUCAUCACCCCAUGACACACCCUUCCCCUCUGCAUUAUUCCUGGCAGUUCCCUCAGGGGAGGAGGUGUCUUUGUCCCUGCACCCUAUCAAGCACUUGAGAGGACCCGGGAAGGCAGCGUUGCAGGGUGCUUCCCACAGGAGUCUCAGCUCCGGUCCCCAGAGCAGGUACCAGGCAAGGAGCCCAGCGAGGCCACCUCAUGCAGCAAGUCCAAACCUUCCAUCCCUGCUGCCUGCGUGGCAUCUCUACCACCACCCGGGCUGCCCUGCCCCUUCCCGUGCCGCAUUACUGCCUGUGUAUAGUAUAUAUAUUAUAUAUAUAUAUUUAAAAAGAUGUAUAAUAUAAAGCUAUACAUAUAUACGUAUAUACGAUGACUCACGGAUGGCCUGCCGCAUACAGGAUCCCCUGAGUGGUCUUGCCCAAGCCCGAGUGUCCCUUCACCCCUCCUCCUCCUCCUCCUCCUCCUCCAUCCCUCCCCCCUGUCCGUUCUGAACUCCAACUACAGCGAACCCCGCCACCUCGGCACCUGUGUUUACAAUGUCCUAUAUAUUUGUGGUUAACAAAGUGAAGGUGGUAACUACUGGUGUCUCAAUAAAGUUAUGAUGUUAAAAAUAACCAAACUAUAUGGAAAAAAAA